GAGACUCAAUGAGAGAGAGAGAAUUGGAGAACUGGGGGCACCUGAAGUCUGGGGACUGUCACCAAAGGUUCCUGACCCCGAUUCCGAUGAGCAUACACCGGUAGAAGAUGAAGAGGCAAAAUCUAAGAGUAGUUCUUCAGAUUCCAGCUCAGAAGAGGAGAAGAAGAAGAAGAAGAAGAAAAGAAAGAAGAAAAAGCGGAAGGCAUCCAAAAGAAAACGCAGAAAACAUUCUGAGGACAGCGACAGUGAGUCAGAGUCUGAGCAGAACUCCACUGAUGAAGAUAAAAAGAAAAGCAAGAAGAAGAAGAAGAGGAACAGAAAGAAGAAGUACAAAAAGAAGAAAAAUAAGAAGAGCAGGAAGGAAUCCAGUGAUUCCAGUAGUGAAGAUUCUGAUGAUGAAACCUUUCAAGGGGAAGAUCUCUGGAUUGAGAGAUCAAAAAAUACAGAAGCUGAUAGCUUGAUUGGACCAGAAGCUCCCAAAACUCAUGCAUCUCAGGAUGAUAGGCCUUUGAACUAUGGACAUGCCCUCUUGCCUGGUGAAGGUGCAGCAAUGGCAGAGUAUGUAAAAGCAGGAAAACGUAUACCCCGGAGAGGUGAAAUUGGCUUGACCAGUGAAGAGAUCGCAUCGUUUGAGAGCUCUGGUUAUGUCAUGAGUGGCAGCAGACAUCGCCGAAUGGAAGCUGUGCGUCUGCGUAAAGAGAACCAGAUCUACAGCGCAGAUGAAAAGAGAGCUCUGGCAUCCUUCAACCAGGAGGAGAGGAGGAAACGCGAGAAUAAGAUCCUUGCAAGCUUUCGAGAGAUGGUCUACAGAAAGACUAAGGGCAAAGAGGAAAAAUAAUUCUUUAUUUGAACUGUACACCAUGGAUUUUGCCAAGCAGCAGUUAACCUGUUCCAGUCAUGAUUUGAAAAAAGCUGCAAGUGCUGCAGUGCCUUUCACCCAACAGGGUCAAGCCUCAGGAUUGGAUUACUUGUAUCAAGGAAACAGAGUUACUUUUGUCAGAUUUUCUUGGACGAUUUGUUCACCAUCUACAAGGAAUCCCUGUAAAGUGAAAGGCUCAAGGCAGGGAAGGCAGGAACAGGCAGGGAAGAUUAGAGGUGGCAAUGGUUCUGUGCUCGCUUUGAAUCAGACAAGCAGG